GGUAUUGGGUAUUAGUUCUGGCAUGCAGCACGAUCCUCUGCAGACCACCUUAAGGCAGGACUCACUGCUAUCCUCUGCAGACCUCCUUAAGGCAGCAUUCACUGCUAUCCUCUCCAGACCACCUUAAGGCAGAACUCUGUACUGUACAAAGUUUUCAACAUGUUUUCAGCUCUGAUGACAUCCAGGAAACGAGAGAGCAAGCAGAGAGAGGAAACUGUUACAGCAGGAGGAGUAAUGUCCCGGCCUUUUCUAAACAGAUCACAGCUUCUCCUACAGCAGGAGUAGCACAGCAUCCCAGGUACCCCACCAGGAGGAGAGCAUCCCAGGUAUCCUGACACCACUAGGAGGAGAGCAUCCCAGGUACCACACCAGGAGCAGAGCAUCUCAGGUACCCUGACCCCACCAGGAGCAGAGCGUCCCAGGUACACCACCAGGAGCAGAGCGUCCCAGGUACCCUGACCCCACCAGGAGCAGAGCGUCCCAGGUACCCUGACCCCACAAGGAGCAGAGCAUCCAGGUAUCCCCACACCACCAGGAGCUGAGCAUCCUAGUUACCCCACCAGGAGCAGUGCAUCCCAGGUGUCCUGACACCACCAGGAGCAGAGCAUCCCAGGUACCACAUCAGGAGCAGAGCAUCCAUGUAUCCUGACACCUCCAGGAGCAAAGCAAACAGGUAUCCUGACACCACCAGGAGCAGAGCAUCCAAGGUACCCCACCAGUAGCAGAGCAUCCCAGGUAUCCUGACACCACCAGGAGCAGAGCAUACCAGGUACCCCGCCAGGAGCAGAGCAUCCCAGGUAUCCUGACACCACCAGGAGGAGAGCAUCCCAGGUACCCCACCAGGAGCAGAGCAUCCCAGGUAUCCUGACACCACCAGGAGGAGAGCAUCCCAGGUACCCCACCAAGAGCAGAGCAUCCAAGGUAUCCUGGCACCACCAGGAGCAGAGAAUCCCAGGUAUCCUGACACCACCAAGGGCAGAGCAUCCCACAUACCUUGACACCACAAAGAGCAGAGCAUCCCAGAUACUGACACGAUCAGGAGGAGAGCAUCCCAGGUACCCCACCAGGAGCAGAACAUCCCAGGUAUCCUGACACCACCAGGAGGAGAGCAUCCCAGGUAUCCUGACACCACCAGGAGCAGAGAAUCCCAGGUAUCCUGACACCACCAGGAGCAGAGAAUCCCAGGUACCACACCAGGAGCAGAGCAUCCCACGUACCUUGACACCACAAGGAGCAGAGCAUCCCACAUACACUGACACCACCAGAAGCAGAGCAUCCCAGGUACCUCACCAAGAGCAGAGAAUCUCGGGUAACCUGAUCACACCAGGAGCAGAGCAUCCCAGGUACCUCGACACCACCAGGAGCAGAGCAUCCCAGGUACCUCAACACUACCAGGAGCAGAGCAUCCCAGGUACCUCGACAACACUGGGAGUAGAGCAUCUUAGGUUCCCAGAUUCCACCAGGAGCAGAGCUUUCCAUUUGCCCCGACACCACAACGUGCAGAGAACUUCAGGUUUAGUGACCCCGACCAGGAGCAGAGCUUUCCAGGUACUCUGACAUCACCAGGAGCAGAGCUUUCCAGGUACCCCAACACCCCCAGGAGCAGAGCUUUUCAGGUAUCCUGGCAGCAGGAGGAGCAGAGUAUUCCGACCUCUCCUAUAUCCUUACAGAAGGAGGUGCAGAGCUUUGAAGCUUACACAACGCAAAGUGGAGGAUCCUGGUUCAGUAAGAGAAGCAGAGUAUCUGAAGUUUGACUUGAUGCAGGAAGUAGAGAAAGGAUUAAAACACAGGAGAAGUGAGUGGGGGUUAAUUUUCAGUACAGAUUAAAUGAAUGGUUUAAUGCUCAGUCUGUUCGGGAGAAAUAAGUGGGUUUAGGUUUCCAUGUUUGAAAAGUGAGUGGGUUUAGGUUUCCAUGGAGGAGAAGUGAGUGGGUUUAGGUUGCCAUGAAGGAGAAGUGAGUGGGUUUAGGUUGCCAUGAAGGAGAAGUGAGUGGGUUUAGGUUUCCAUGGAGGAAAAGUGAGUGGGUUUAGGUUUCCAUGGAGAAGUGAGUGGGUUUAGGUUACCAUGGAGGAGAAGUGAGCGAGUUUAGGUUUCCAUGGAGACGUGAGUGGGUUAUGGUUGCCAUGCAGGAGAAAUGAGUGGCAUAUGGUUUCCAUGCAGGAGAAAUUAGUGAGUUUAGAUUUCCAUGGAGAAUUGAUUGGGUUUAGGUUUCCAUGCAGGAGAAAUUAGCGGGUUUAGGUUUCCAUGCAGGAGAAAUGAGUGGGUUUAGGUUUCCAUGCAGGAGAAGUUAGUGAGUUUAGGUUGCCAUGCAGAAGAAGUGAGUGGGUCUAGGUUUCCAUGCAGAAGCGAGUGAGAUAUGGUUUCCAUGGAGAAGUGAGUGGGUUUACGUUUCCAUGGAGGAGAAGUGAGUGAGUUUAGGUUUCCAUGGAGAUGUGAGUGUGUUAUGAUUUCCAUGGAGAAGUGAGUGGGCUUAGGUUCCAUGGAGGAGAAGUGAGUGGGUAUUAGAGGCACUAUUGGGGUGUAGUGGGAUUUAGGGCAAUAGUUGUGGGUUAAGGAGCUGUAGUGGAAGAUAUUGGCUGUGAGGAAUUGGGGCUGUAGUUGUGGGUUAGAAGCCCACAACUACAUUGUAGAUGGGGUUUGAGGCAGUAGUAGGGUUAAGAAGCUGUAAUAAGGUAGUUCCGUUGUGGGGGCUAUGGUAAGUAGUGGAGAGUUAGCGGCAAUAGUCCGGGGGGAAAGAGGCUGAAACAGGGUUAGGAGGUGCAGUGGUGGGAUUUAGGAGUCAUGGUGGGAUUAGAGGCAUUAAGGGGGGUUAUGGAUAGUAUUGGGGGCUAGUGCCUGAAUUGGGGGUUGGGGUUAAGAAGUUGGUAUGAGAUAUUUUGCAUUGGAUAAUAAGGUGCUGAGGGGAAAGGGGAAAAAAUUGAUUAAAAAAACAACAUAAAAUGUUUCCCAGGGGGAAGGGGGAAUCCUGGUCCCUGUGAGUGAGGUAGGAAAUGCGGCUUGUCGGGUGUCACAGUAAUCCGCAGCAAUACUCUGAUACAGUAGAAGGAGAGGGCAACUUGACCUGGAAGUACAGACCAAGCUCUACAAUCUAUAUCUGGGACUGGUAAAGAAAAAAAUUCGGACUAUAGGUCCAAUUAAGAGGAUAACAGAAAAAAGGAGGAAGCCCUACCUUUAAUAGUUCUAGGGAAAACAGUAAGGGAGCAUAAACCAUAAAGAGGAAGGGCCAAACCUAGAAAGGCUGCAUAAAUGUCUAAAUAUGCGACAUGCCAUAAGGCUUAUGGUCUAGGUUACUGGUACGGCUGCAAAAGAACACACAAUAGAAUUGUGAACAAAAAUGCCAGCCUACCUACACCGAAACCCGCGUCAAGCUAUUUGUUUAUAAUUUUUUCACUUUAUUCACUAGGUAGCACUAUGCACUAUUUUUAGUUAGUUAAGUGUGUGUUUUUUACUUAGUGGAGGAAGGAACAGAGGUUCUGGUAGGCAUUAGUGGAUGCUCCACAGCCUGGCUUUUUAUCAGCAACUGGCUUUGGGGGAUUUAGAAGGAGGGGGUUCGCUCCUACUUCUGCUUGGUUUUUCUCCCUCCCUUUAGAUCACCUCGCCCAUUCCUACCCCUCUGUGUAGGUAGGCUUGCAUUUUUGCAGUCAUUUUGCAGCCGUACUAGUAACCUAGACCAGUGUUUCCCAACCCAGUCCUCAAGGCACACCUACCAGUCCAGGAUUUAGGGAUUACCCAGUUGUGUCUAAGGUGUUUUUACAAAGAAGAAAAAAAACACACAACUGGGUAAUCCCUAAAUCCUGGACUGGUAGGUGUGCCUUGAGGACUGGGUUGGGAAACACUGACCUAGACCAUAAGCCUUAUGGCAUGUCGCAUAUUUAGACAUUUAUGCAGCCUUUCUAGGUUUGGCCCUUCCUCUUUAUGGUUUAUACUCCCUUACUGUUUUCCCUAGAACUAUUAAAGGUAGGGCUUCCUCCUUUUUUCUGUUAUCCUCUCAAUUGGACCUAUAGUCCACAUUUUUUUCUUUGCUUUCUGCUUUAUAGUGGGUUAUUCCCCACACAGAGGAUAAUAAGUGGGGGGUUUUCCUGGAACUAUCCAAUUUAUCCCUCUAUAGGUAGGGAUUGAUUGGAUUCUUUCCUUUAUUUUUUCCUUUCUAUAUCUGUGACUGGCUAAGGAGCAUGGUAUCAAGGUCAUCACUUAGCUUCUCGGAGGAGGGGCAUUGCCUUGCUGUCCCCAAUCUUUGAUGGAAUCUACCUAUGUCAUGGUGGUGGAAUAAAUUAUAACAAAUUGGUUGUGCACUUACUGUAGGUGAGGGAGCUAAGGAUCAUCUGGACCCCGUACCAAUAAAUGACAAUAUAUAGGUCCCGCACUGCUCAGUGACUCAGGGAGAAUUUAUUGGUGGAUAAUAUGCAAUGUUUUAAACAUUUCUUUUGGUUUUCUUGCUUAGCGGAAUGAAUUGGUCUCUGACUGCCAAGCUAGGCCCCGGGGAGAUGGCACAGCUAAGCAGAAAAGUGCGCAUUUAUGAGUGUGGGUAUUGAUGCUUGUGAUUGGUUGUGUCUCUGUGUGUGGGAGUGGUUAUGAGGUAGGAGAAUCUUACCUCAUCAUAAGAUCCGGGUCGGCAAGAGCUUCUGCUUUUGUCCUGGGCCUGUACAUUUUCUGCCUGAGGGCAUGGAGUCUAUUCUUCCGGCCCUGAGAGCUGAAGCUGCCCUGGAUGGUGGCCGGCACAUUCACAAGCAAUUUGCUCACUUUCAGCCUGGUUUGGCUGUCGGUGUGGUUGUCCCCCCGUGGCCCCCACUGCUAAGCUUGUGAUGCUCACAUUAUUAAUGCAAUUAGAGCAAGCAUGACAUUGGUCUUAUUUAAAAUGGGCUCAUAAUUACGUUGAAUCAAACUCAAAAAAAGAGUGACUACCAGAAAAAAAUAUUAUUUUACCAAUUCUCCUUAAUAUAAUGUUUUCUUGUUAGUGUUUAUUUAUUACUACUUAUCUUAGUGUCUUUAUCUGUAAGCAGACAUGGGAAACGUUACCAGAACAAAUGGCUGUUACUCCCCAUCACACACAGAAUUAAUAAAUUCACAUCCUCUUAACCCUUUCAUUGUUAGGAUUGAGAAAGCUGCCAAUAGAAUGAUUGAUACAUUGUCACUGGUUUUCCUAAUGUCAGAACUGUCUCUUCACGUAGAGUAUGCAAUAUUCUGAGUAAUGCAAGCUCUCUCAAUAUGUAGUGCUGGCCGAGGGAUCUGAUACUGUGGUAGCCACAUGUAACUUUUGCAAUAUAAAGAGACACUCCAAACGCCAUGACAGCAUGAAAACCUGUCAGGUAACAUGAUUUCCAACAGUCCGCUUGACCAUCUGAUAAACCAGUUCAUCCGGUGUCUGGAGAACUGUAAGCACUUAAAUAAAUAUACAAUGGGGGCUGGACAUGCCGUUGUCCAAAUCUCCCCCAAUAUGUCCAUUGUCAACACCCCUUCACUGAGUAGCUAGGGUACCCAACAUCCUAGCAACAGCACACUUAAAAUAAGUAAACUCGACCCCAAAAAUAGUGGUGGAGGGGCGCAAUAAAACUGUUACCCAGCGUUGCUGGGAUAUGGUUUCUAUUUACCUUUUUUAGGGGCUGAAAUUAAAGGGACACUAUAGUCACCAGAACAACUACAGCUUAUUGAAUUUGUUCUGGUGAGUAGAAUGUAUGUGUAUGUGGUGAGUAGAAUCAUUACCGUCAGGCUUUUUGCUGUAAACACUGUCUUUUCAGAGAAAAUGCAGUGUUUACAUUACAGCCUAGUGAUAACUUCACUGGCCACCCCUCAGAUGGCUGUUAGAGAUCCUUCCUGGGUCAUGGCUGCCUAAAAUGCAUCCAAACAUUCAGUAUCUCCUCCCUCUGCAUGCAGACACUGAACUUUCCUCAUAGAGAUUCAUUGAUUCAAUUCAUCUCUAUGAGGAGAUGCUGAUUGGCCAGGGCUGUGUUUGAAUCAUGCUGGCUCUGCCCCUGAUCUGCCUCCUUGUCAGUCUCAGCCAAUCCUAUGGGGAAGCAUUGUGAUUGGAACAGGCUACCACUUCUGAUGAUGUCAACAGACUGCUUGUUUUUUUUUAGGCAAACAGCAUGCAGAUCUACAGCUUCUGGCUUGAAUACAGUAAGAUUUUGCUAUAUUUAUGGAGGUAUUAGGGGCCCAGGGGGCUAGAUGGUGGUUUUAACACUAUAGGGUCAGGAAUACAUGUUUGUGUUCCUGACCCUAUAGUGAUCCUUUAAAAUUUACAGAAAAGAUGACUUCAGAAAGUAUAUUUUUUUUUCUACAUGUAUUAGUUUUAAUGCACACCCACAUUAGGGUGUGGAAGGCAGUUAGUGUUUAUUUUAAGAAGGGGUGGCAAGGUGAUUAGGGACCUAUAUCCACCCAGGGUUAAAUAAUGGCAAUUUGGGGGGAGAGGUGGACAAUAACAUGUCUAUACCCUCCAAUUGUAUAAUAGAAGCACUUGUGUAGGGAUUUGAACUCAGUGGAUAUCUGGACCUGUUGUUAGGAGCCUAAAUUGCAAACUCAUUCUGCCCCUGGUCAUACACCCACACAGAAAGAGCUCCUCGCUGAGACUGGGGUCAUUCUAUACAGCUGGUCUCAUUGCACAGUCACAACACCUUCUCCUUCCACACAUAUACUCAGCCCAAGGUGGAGCAACUCUGGGGAAGAUGGAGGUCAACAGUUACUAUAAUAGCUGCCAGAGAGAAGGGCAGAGUUUAUAUGGUCCCAGCGAUGGUGACUACUGUCACAUGGUAAACAUACAGAGAGCCAAAUCAUCCACUCAAAAAUCACUCUGUACUCCAAAAAUAACAUGACUGUGUCCGUUUACUUAUGGCUUAUUUCCAUCCCUGUCGCUGUAUUUUACCAGCUAGUCGCUACUUGCUUAAAUGUCUGUUGCUGCUGGUAGUGAGCAGCAACUGAUUACUGACGCAGUAACGAGGAGUUACGGGCUGACGCUACUUAUAGUCAGUCACUAAGUAUCGGCCAUAGGUUUCCAUUAUUCUCUGUGUGAACCACUAACCGCUACUUAGUAAAUGGUUUCCAAUCCUAUCACUACGGUUUAACGGACAACUCUAAAACACAACUUAACACUAACCUCCGGCCAGGAGGGGGGAGGGGGGGGGGCAAAGCAGCUAAUUCAAUACAUCCUAUAGGAUAAAUACAGCUAUAUAGAUUAUACUGAAACCCUAAAUCACAUAUUAAACCAUAUCAAAGAGCAAUACAAAUACCGGCCAGGCACAUCUUAACAAACAUAAAACAAUUCUUUAUUAUAAGUAAGGGGUAUGUGUCAUUCUAAUAAAUAAAUAAAACAAAGCUGAAAGCUUAUAUAGAGAUACAUCUGGCAUAGCACAGAAUCUCCAUUCAAUACAUUCAGGGUUAUUCAAUAAAGUGAAAAUUCUCACUUUCGUAAUUAACCCCUUUUUGUAUACACUUUCACUAUCUCCUGCUAAGGCCAAUCACAGAACCUUUUCUGCCGGCAUAGCGUAUAAUGCCAACUGAUCUGAAUGUGCAGUAGACCUGUGAGUGGCCAGUAUUGGCCGUCAGUCAGUAAAACCGGUGACUAGUUUGGAAACCAGUGACUAAUUAGUAGCCGCUAGUGGCUGGUAUUAAUAGCGACAGCUUGAGGCAACUACUUCGUGACAAGGUUAGAAAUUAGUCCUUAAUCUGCCGUCUCUCUGAGACCAGUGCCUGACAAAUGAGAAAUGAUUGCCCAUUGCACCAUAUGAUGACCCUCUGAGUCUUUAUGUAAAAUUUAGAUGUUUAGCUCUCCUGACAGGUAGAGCUACUUUCUACAUAAUUAGCUGUAUUUUUGCCCAGUUCUGUAGAAAAGUUUUGCAGAAUUCUUCGCUUUACCACAAAAAGGCAAAGUUUGUAGUGAGUGCAUGAAAGGAGCAGUGCUCUGAUUAAUUAUAUUCGUUAUAUGCAUUUAAUCCACCCAUCACGAGGCUGGUAGCAAUUAAAGAUGCGUAUAUAUCAGCCUUUAAUGUGUUGUGUUUUAAGUUUAUGAAGUAUGAUGGUGAAGGAGUUAAUUUCAGGGUGGAGGUUUGCAGAGUUUAGUAUUGGCUGUGCCAGGUAUAAAGGGAUCAGCAUGUCACUUUGUUAUGGGCAGAGGUAAGAGCCGCACCCCACUAAUUGCAGCACAGGGAGGAAAUGUAUGGAGAACGAAUUCUCCUGGGGAACAUUUCGCUCCUUAGAUCAGGUAAGUCUGUCUCAUCUAAUAUUAUUCAGGAACUGCUAAUGUUUCCUUAAGAUUCAUUUAAUGUAAUGUUAUAGGCAUUGAUUCUAGAAUCCCCAAAUUACUGGCGAUCUGAUGGAAACGUGCUCGAAUGUAUCUUCUAUUCUAACAUUUUGCUGUUAGAAAACAUUCUGCACGAAAGAACUUUCUGAGCUGUAACUUUCCGGGGUUAAAAGAGUCAGACAGCUGGGAGUUUUAUGACACAAUGAGGACCAGAGGACCUUUUGGGUUUUACAUAACAGAGCACUCCGAGCCAGUACUGACCUAUUUUAAUGCAUUGCAAGAAAAAUAUGCAAAGCAACAGAUCCAAAAUAAUAAUAAUAAUUAUAAUCUAAAAUAAUAAUAAUAAUCCAUAAUAAUAAUAAUAAUCCAAAAUAAUAAUAAAAAAACAUGUUAAUGUUCUAUUAGUUUGAAACCCCACACACUACAUCAUAAGGUUUGAGAUUCUCGCACUCAGGAAGAACCUUGGAAAAUCAAGAUCUCUCAUUUUGGCCUGUUGGGUUCACCCUCAGUCCUUUAGGCUCCCUCGCUAGCCACCCCUUGCUGGAUAUACUCCGCUCGUCCAAACCUUCCCACCCCACCAUAUAAAACCUCAUUCUUAGUAACCCCAAAGCAAAGAGAUUAGACAGCUUGAUGACAAUAAAAAUUUUACUCGCUGGAAUUAAACUUUAGCACACCAUAACCACUUUGCUCAACUAUUGCACUCAAUCUGACUUCAUUACGGAAUGGGAGAUGGAGCACAAUAAAAAGAAACAGUAAACACAGAAACAUAGAAUAUGACGGCAGAUAAGAACCAUUCGGCCCAUCUAGUCUGCCCAAUUUUCGAAAUACUUCCAUUAGUCCCUGGCCUUAUCUUAUAGUUAGGAUAGCCUUAUGCCUAUCCCACGCAUGCUUAAACUCCUUUACUGUGUUAACCUCUACCACUUCAGCUGGAAGGCUAUUCCAUGCAUCCACUACCCUCUCAGUAAAGUAAUUGUUGCUGACAUACCAUCCUAAUGCAAAGUAAAUUUACUCAAUAGAAAUUGUAAUCAUGGACGAUCUGCAAGAGUAGAAAGGCAGGCAAAUGCUUCUAAAAAUGUCCCAUGGAGAGCAUAACAUAAUGGUGUGUAUUUCUAUAAUAACCUCUUAAAGAACGCUAUAGCGUUAGGAAUACAAACCUAUGUUUCUAAUAUAUAUUUCUAAUAUGUAUAUCCAACCGGAUAAAUAAAUCCCUAGAUCUAUUGGAAAAUAGCAGAAAAUGGUGAAGUUAGGAAUUGGGCUGAAAAUAGCCUCUGUCUCAUGAAGGCAGGGACACGUCAGUGACCUCAAAAAAUGCUCAAUAUCUUUUAAUAUGCACAUCACUGUGCACGGAGAAUAGCUACAGGAAUGAAAUGCAGUUUGAUUUAAUUACAAAGAGGGAGAUUUAGCAAAAUAUCGUCUCAUUUUUGAAUAGGCACCAUUUUUUGUUGUUGAUGCAAAAGAUUUAUAGAUAUUUCAGCCAAAGAAAAUCAUCUCUUUAAUAAAUAUUAAUACAGAUUAAUGAUGGUAUUUAACCACCAUUUUUCAGAACAUUGUGAUAAACAAAAUAUUUAAAGCUUUACUUCAGUAUUUUGAAGUGAUGAUGGUGCUUGGAGUCUGUAUGUGCAGAGUUUUGUAUUAUUUUUAUUGUAUUUAUUAACGUGAUCUAAAAAGUGACGGUUUCAUCAUUGUAAAUUCCACCAGUUUUCAAAGAAAUUUCUAUUUUACAAUCCUGCCAAAAUUCAUUUUGUGCAGAAAUAGUCAUUAGAUCUGUUGUGUUGGUGAAAUAACUGCCCAUAGAGGUUUGCGGGAAAAACUGCUGGUGUAAUUCAAAACAUUGUAUGAUUUCUUUUAUUGUAAUGUUUGUUUGUUUCCAUUUCUUUUGUUGUUUUGUGUGAUUGUCAAACAUUCCCUAACAAAUCAGGACAUAUUUGUAAACAACUAGAAAGUACAGAGAUGCUGGCAGAAAGUACAUACAGCGCCGACAUAAAACAAAUGCAGGAGCAUUUAAAAUGCAUAGCUUGUUGGCCUGACUUCAGCUCACAUCACUACCAUCCAGCAGGACCCCCGGCACUAGGCCAGCCCACUUAGAGCAAAUGGAAGUGUUUGGAACAGUGAGAGCCAAGCACUGCCCAAGUGGCCUCCUUUCGUGCGCUGUCCUGCACCUCACCCUCCCUGGAUCCAGGUCAAGAAGCUAUUGUUUUGUGUCUGGUGACAAUGAGGAAACAGAGGGUGUAGCAGCCGUAUCAAGGCUUCCGGCCCCUGAUCAUAUCAUAGCUUUCACUCACAACAGAAUGUGCUUAUGGGGCUGUGUGAGCUGUGGAUACUGUGAGUUAUAUUUGCAGGAGAUUUACUGGCCUGUUCUGAGAUACUCCCCCCUCCCCCCUGGCUCCAAUUAUCUUCCUGCAAAAAUACCACAAACCAUUGGAAGCCUUUUUUUUACCUGUACCCCUUAUUGGAAGAGCUGGCACAUUGUUCCCACAGUGGGCAGGACAGAGACAUUUCUCUGUCUGGCAAAAUUUGUCACCACUUAGAAGAUUUCCAGGAAAGCAUUUCAGGAUUCUGGAUACUUUGUUGCCAGGGAUCCUGUCUGCCGUAGCCACACAAAAAAAUUGUGGGUUAAUAAAUUCAUCUGCAUUUAAAGGACCACCAAAGUCACCCAGACUACUUCAUCUCAGUGAUGUAUCUCAAUAAAUGAUAUAUCUUAAUGAUGUAUUCAAUGGCGUAUCUCAGUGAUGCAUCUCAAUGACGUAUCUCAAUGACGUAUCUCAAUGAUGUACCUCAAUGAGGUGUUCAAUGGUGUAUCUCAGUGACGUAUCUGAAGGACAUAUCUCAAUGAAUGUAAAUGUGGUGGUGUAGGGUUUCUACUCUCACUACACAUCUCCUUCAAACCUCUAUCCAACCCCCCUUCCCUCUUUUUGUCAUCAUUUGAAAUCCAUUUGAUUCGCCUUUUCAAACCCUUCUCUGCUAACUUUGCCGUUAUGUAUCGCCCCCUGGUUUCUCUCCUCUAAUAUUCCAUCCCUAAUUUUGGGGCACUUCAAUAUUCCCAUUAACCCACCCUUGACCUCAGCAGCCUCUAAACUACUUUCAAUUACUUCCUUCCUUGGGCUAUCGCAGUGAGCUAAUUCUCCCACCCAUGUAGCUGGCAAUACCCGCAACCUCGUUUUCUCUUAUGCAUGUACAGUAUCUAAUAUCUGCAACAAUCCGUUUCCUCUCUCUGAUCACCACCUCUUAUCAUUUGCUCUCAAGUACCCCCUCACCCAACAACUUCAGCCUAACCCCCUAAACUCAGGAGGAACCUUAAUUCUAUUGACCUCCAUCAGCUGUAAGCUGAUAUUGAUUCACAACUCCAAUCCAUCCCUUCCCUCUCCUGUCCCUCACUGGCCAUCUCCACAUAUAACACUAUCUCACCUCUGCCUUGAAUGCUGCAGCCCUGCUCCAAACAUGCACCUCGAGGAGGACACCCCCCAAACAUGGCAUACUAAAUCAACACGCUACCUGCAGAGUUGCUCCCGUUGUGCUGAACGCUCCUGGAGGAAGUCUCGCACCCAGUCAGACUUUCUCCAUUAUAGAUUCAUAUUGUGUUCAUACAGCGCAGCCCCUGCCCUUGCCAAACAGUCAUACUUUUCCUCUCUUAUUAGUUCAUGCUCCCCCAAUCCCCGGUGUCUCUUUGACAUCUUUAACUCUCUUCUUCGCCCUGCUGUGGCCACCCCCCAAACUAACCUUACAGCUGAUAGCUUUGUAUGCUACUUUACCGACAAGAUUGAACAGCUAAGGAAAGAAUUCUCACCACCUUGCCGUUCUCUUUCUCAACCACAUGUAGAUCAUGCCUUUCCUACCCUUCAGACUUUCUCCCUGGCUACUGAACAAGAGGUGGCUGCUCUUCUCCUUUCCUCUUGCCCUACCACUUGCCUGCUUGAUCCUGUUCCAUCUCACCUUAUCAGAUAUCUCUCCCUUUGUCUUGUGCCUUCCUUAGCACACAUCUUCAACUGCUCUCUCUCUUCUGGCAUUGUCCCUACUGACCUUUAACAUGCCACUGUAGUACCUAUCCUGAAAAAAACAUCUCUCAACCUAUCCUCCCCCUCUUACUAUCGUCCCAUAUCCCUGCUCCCUUUUUCCUCAAAGCUUCGAGAUAGACUUUACCCGUAUGUCUCACAUUAGUCCAUCCUUGCAAGCGCGCUGUCUUGGCAUUAAACUUGAUUCUGGUCUCACCUUUGAGCCUCGCAUCCAAAGCAUUGACCAAUUUUAGCCCCUCUUAUCUUAUAUCUCUUCACAGAUCCAUAGGUAUGCUCCUUCACGGUCUCUCUGCUCUGCCCGUGACCUUCUCCUGUCCGCUGCUCGCACCCGUACGGCCAACUCACACUUGCAGGACUUCUCGUGGGUGGCUCCCUUUCUAUAGAAUAGCCUGCCUACCCCCAUCAGACUCUCCCUUUGCCUUCAAUUGUUUAAAAAGUGCCUUAAAACCCCUCUUUAGGUAAUCUUAUGGUCUCCCAGAGUAACCUCUACCUCGCAUACCUGUCUCUUGCUCUCUCCUAAAGGGCAGAACUCUACUCUCUCCUUCUCUCCCACCUUAUUUGAUUGCUAUUUCUUGUCCUAACGUGUCUCGUUUGAGCAGGGUCCUCUUCAUCAUACUGUUACUGUAAGUUUUCUUGUAAUGGUUCUACUGUUAAAUCCCCCCUUAUAAUAUUGUAAAGCGCUACGGAAUCUGUUGGCGCUAUAUAAAGGGCAAUAAUAAUAAUAUUAAUGCUGUAUCUCAAUGAAGUAUCUCAGUGCUGUAUCUCAAUGAUGUAGCUCAAUGACGUAUUUCAAUGAUGUAUCUCAGUGAUGUACCUCAAUGACGUAUUUCAAUGAAGUAUCUCAAUGCUGUAUCUCAGUGAAGUAUCUCAAUGAUGUAUCUCAAUGAGGUACCUCAAUGACGUAUUUCAAUGAUGUAUCUCAAUGAUGUACCUCAAUGACGUAUUUCAAUGAAGUAUCUCAAUGCUGUAUCUCAAUGAAGUAUCUCAAGGAUGUAUCGCAAUGCUGUAUCUCAAUGAUGCAUCUCAAUGACGUACUUCAAUGAAGUAUCUCAAUGAUGUAUCUCAAUGAUGUACCUCAAUGAUGUAUCUCAAUGAUGUAUCUCAAUGCUGUAUCUCAAUUAUGUAUUUCAAUUAAGUAUCUCAAUGAUGUACCUCAAUGAUGUACCUCAAUGAUGUACCUCAAUGCUGUAUCUCAAUGAUGUAUCUCAAUGAUGUACCUCAAUGAUGUAUCUCAAUGAUGUACCUCAAUGCUGUAUCUCAAUGAUGUACCUCAAUGCUGUAUCUCAAUGAUGUACCUCAAUGCUGUAUCUCAAUGAUGUACCUCAAUGAUGUAUCUCAAUGAAGUGACCUGCUUCUAUGGCCCUGUAGGUUCAACCCUUUCUCAGUGUAAAACAUUACAUUACAUUUCAGGUUUGUGAUACUGACAGCCACUGGAGGUCCUUCCUGCUGCAGUAUCCGGGUUCAUUUCCCCCAACAUGUCUAUGUUAGCUCAGACAUGAUAGAGAAAGUAACGCAUGCUGCAUAUUUCUGUGUGUCAAUGUCUGGGCAUUUCAGCUGUCCUUUCAUUCGCUGCUCUCAGCUGUGACGGUUUAACUGACUCCACUCCCUCCUACAUUAUUAUCUUACUCUCUGAAUGUAACCCAACCAGAUUUGGUGCAUCAUCAUUUUCAGUGAGUUUGUCAGGGCUACUCACUAAAGUGUGAUCUGCCAGGAAUUGGUGCAUUUUAAAUUGUGUGUAUGUAUAAUUGGCUGCUUGCAUGAGGGAAAGGCUAACUCUAUAGGUCAGGGUCUAAUGAAAGCAUUCAGGAUAUUUGGCAGCCUAUAUGGGCUGAAUGGUUCUUACCUGCAGUCACAUUCUAUGUUUCUAUGUUUAUGGCUGCCUAAUGAAGCUAUGUGAAUGGCACUUAUUAAAUAAUAUCUUGCCUGUGUCCUAAAUUCCAGUGCUCACUUUCAAGCUGUCUCGCACAGAAACAUAUGUUCCAUUGACUAAUACAUAUCAGCACAAUACAUAUUAUACUCAGACAGUACUGAAUAAUAUACCCCGCUAGAUAAUAUAUCAGAUUAAAUGAUGUAUCAUAUAGAAAAUAUUGCACUAGAUAGUAUGAUGUAUUUACACAUUAAUUAUUUUAACAAUGGAAGACACAUCUCGUAAAAAUUGUAGCUAACUGUUAAACUCAUAUUUCAGUAUUACGGCUGAUUUUCUGAUUUUUUUUUCAUAUCUUUCUUUAGGAUUACCAUGCAAGCUGGAAUUUUCAAGGUGUUUCUGGUAGUGAUUACAGGAAUUGUUAACCACCCGCUACUCUUCCCCAAAAACAAUGCCACUCUGCCAGCUACGGAUGAACAUCUCCUCCAGAAAAUGAAAGAGCACGAGGAGAACAUUAAAAGUCAGCAGCUACAACUGGAGUUGCUUAUGAAUAGCGAGGAGUCGCAGGAGGAGGAGCCAAAAACAGAUAUAGAGGCCUGGGAUUUCUGGAGUGCCUUGUCAAUGGCGAUUUUCCUAUUGAUUGAAAUAUGGCGACAAGACUUUCAAGGUGGGAACACACAAGAUCACGGCAAGGAAGAGGAUGAGCUGCAAUGUUUAGGUAAUGCUUGGCAAGGUGUGUCCCUCCCAAACAAGACCAUGUUGGCUAUUUUUUAUGACCAGUAUAUAAGAGGUGCCAUUUACGAUACUACCAAGACCCGUGAGUUUGUAGAAGGCUUUGCAGAUGAUUUGCUGGAAGCUUUGCGAAGUGUUUGCAACCGUGACACUGAUAUGGAGGUAGAGGAUAGUGUCUGUGUUGGGAGCACGUAUGAAAACUGGAGAGUGAAUAAGCCAUUAGUAUGUGAUUUGAUUGUUCCCUUUGCUCCUCCAGAACCAUAUCACUUUAAGUGUCAGCCUUGGGUCACAGAACAAUCAAUUUAUCCAGGCUAUGGGACAAUCCGAGUUUAUGGACCUGAUGAUGAAGCGGCAGGAUGCGUCUGUGGAAAGACCAAACUUGGAGAAGACAUGUUAUGUCUUCUUCACAGCCAAGAUUUUCAUGUCAAGAAAAAUGAUGGAGAUAUGGAUUUACUUUGCUCCAAAAACUCUAAUUUCUUAUCUACCGAUCGGGUGAUGAAAUGGUUCCAAACUUCAGUAACAAAAGCUUGGAGUAAGAUUUCUCACAAAUAUGAAUUCGACCUCACUUUUAGCCACUUGAACUCUCCAGGAGCCUUAAGGGUAAAAUUUAAAUCUGGGAAGGUAAUUAGCUUCAAUAUUACCCCAGUGGUUCAGUAUGAAGACUCUGACUUGUAUUUCAUUUCACAUUUUCCAAAUUCCACAGAAUUAUAUACUGAGGCUUCCAAUAUCCACUGGAUUCUUUCCUUUGCAGUGUAUGAGAGGAGAUUCCUCAAGGAGAUUGCCAAGUAUCUACCUGCAAAUUCCUGCCACCUUAGCUGCUUACAGAUAAUGACUUUCCUUUACUCCAAACAGUGUCACCUAACUGGGCCAAGCGGGCUGACCACUUACCAUCUGAAAACAGUUCUGCUGCAUCUUUUGCUGAGCCGACCGUCUUCAGAUUGGAACAUUGUAAUGUUAGAAGAACGUUUGAGAGAUAUGUUCGUGAGUCUGGAAAAAAGCUUGCUGGAGAAGAAACUCAACCAUUUUAUGGUGGGGAAUACCAAACUUCCUCAUUUUGUGAAUCUUCCAGAAAUCUUUCACUACACAGAACCUCUGAACCUCUUUCGGACAUUUGUCCUAAACCGAGAUCUUUACCAGAAAACUCUGGCAAUGUUUUAUGAAAUGCUGAAGAAUGCCAGUGUUUUGAUAAAUGAAUAUAGCAUGCAGAUACCUGCUGCAAAUGGAAACAAGUCAUCCCAUUAAGUAUGGAAUAACAGCCUGUGGAUCUCUUUUAAAAACACCAGCAUGUUUAAAUUGUGUUAUGUUCACAUUCAAUGAAUGUAUAAGGCAGCUUCUCGAGAUGUAGAGAUAAGGAGAUGCAAAGCUGCUUAAAAUGAAUGUGACUAUUUGACGUACCUAGGGGGGCACUGUUUUUUAAUUGGUUAAAAGCUCUACAACUAUUAAAGGAAACCUCAUAUCCCAGGACUUUAAAUUUUCUGUUUAUUUAUCCCCUAUAUUUACCAAAUGUGUGUUCGUAAGGUGAAAAGUCAGAUGAAAUCUGCACUACUGUAUUUACUUCUAUCCUAGAACUGAGAGCGUACAUGCUAAUUCCCUGUCCAUCAUUGUAUGCGCUCUUCGCAAAUGACAGUGAGCAGAGACAGUGUAGAGAACCCCAAACAAUAGGGUCGAAUUAUCAAGGUGUAUUCUACUGUUUUAGGCUUUUUUUUAAAGUUUUUGUUUUUUCUGUUGAUUUAUUAAAUAUGUCAGAUUUUUUCAUUUGUUACUUCUUUUGUGCCCUAAUUAUGUGUUUUGGUUAUUUAGCAGUCUUUCUAUUUUUUUUUUCACCAGAAAAGUGUCCGGUGUUACUUUCCUCUUUUCUGCCACUAAAUUUGGAGCUGUUUUCUGAAAAGUAUAAUUCUGCUAAAUGUUUUUAGAACAAUAUGAUACAAAUAGCAUAAGGCUAUCCUAGACUUAUGAUAAGACCAGGGAGUAAUGAAAGUAUUUGAAAAGUUCGCCAGGCGAGAUGGGCUGAAUGGCUAUUAUCUGCCGUCACAUUCUAUGUUUCACAUGAAGAGAUUGGAGACCAUAAAUUAAAAGACAAUAUUCAGGACACUUAGAUACAUCUCUUCCAAUGUUUGAAUUUCUCCUCCUCUAAUAGAAAAAUUAUUGCAACGCAUCACCUGCAUAUCUCGAGCCAGACUUUGUAAAGUCCUCAUUGGGCAGAAAUCAUGUUUGCACAGCUAUCCCAGAAUUCCUUGCUUGACAUGCAAAUGAGCAGCCACCAUGUUUCAGUCUUCAUUUUGUGAUUCUGUAGAUACCUGUAGCAAUGGGCACUGUAUUAAACAGCUUUUUUAAAACCGUAGCAUGGGUUGUGAUCCUAACAGAUCAGUGACUAAAAUCAGACAUGGACAGCAAUUUCAACCUUGUGUGUCUCAUCAGCAUGGUGCCAGUUCUGGUUUCGAAGAUAAAGUCUAUCUGAGAUUACAUACCUGGUGCAAGAAAUGACGGUGUUAAGACCAAUCGACAGACCACAACCCAUAAUAUGGUUUUAAAUAUGCUGUGUUUAAAACGGUGUCCAUUGCAAAGGCUCACCAUAGUCUAUCUGGUCCCUACCUCACACUCCGAUCAAUGUGAGCCCUGGUGGUCCCUGGAUUGAACAGGGCUGUGAUGUCAAUUGCUAAACUGUUACACAUUGAAUAUGUAGUGUGGCAGCACACACAGAGGCCUUUAUAUGAUAGGGUAAACGAAUUCCAUGCGCAGCUGUUUUCCUGUUUCUUUAAUGGUGGGUAGAGGAGAUUUAUCAAGGUGCAAAUAGUUGCUGUUCUGGGGCAGUCACCAUAGCAACCAAUAGAAUGUCAACAUUUAGCACUUUGCACCUAAAAUAGCACAUAUUUUACCGUAAUUUCUCUCCUGUGGAGCAAACAUUAUUAAACACUUUCCCUGCUCAUUGAAAAGGCUAAUUUCUGGGAUACUGUAACAAUUCACAAACUGGGUAGCUGAAACUCACCACAUAUUGUGAAUCUGGGUUUUUACACCUGACUAGGUACAGGCAGUUAUAUUGUGCUGCCCAGUGUAAUGGUAACACAUCUGUGAGGCGCACAAGCUAGCAGUUAUAAAAAGCCAGAAAGUGAAGGGCCACACUCGUAGCUGUCUCUUUCUGUCAUGUCAAACUGUCAGGAGACAUUCACACAUUAGAUAACUGGGAGACAGUACUUUCUGGCUAAGAAGGAUUGCCAACAACUCCUGGACACGUUAUUUCUACAGAUAAGAUACUGUGUGAUCUCAUUUUAAUCAUUCACACCAUGCAGCAAAUUAUAUUUGUAAAAUAUUGCAGCAUAUACUUUCUACAUACCUCAGGGCAAACUAUUCAUGUGCUGCACAACAACAUUAAGAGGGAUUAUGUGUCCAUGAAAAUAUGAUGGAUUUGUCAACCCUAAUCACAGCCUAUACUGUGUGCUAUUUACUGUCACCUCCCUAAAUGUGCUUAUUCACACCGUGUGAGUGUUGCCACAUUGAGACCCAAACAGGUAUUAUUUCAAAAUAUAAGAGUUGGAAAAAUACUGCAAGUGAUGGUUAAACCUCAAAAAUAUAUAUUUCCAAAUAUAGUAAAUAUUUAAAACACUGUACACAUCUGAAUGUCCCUUACACCCAGCCAGGUAUAAUAUGUCAAUUACAGCUUAUUUCUAAUUAUUAUAACCCACAUUCCAAUCAUUUUUAUUGAGUUCUCAUCCACUUUAUGCUAUACAGUUAUUAUUUUGGACCUUGUGAUAGACUUACAAAAUAAAGGAAAGAAAUAACCCAAAACGUGUUGGGCAGUGAAUUGUGUAUUCAAUCCAUAUUUUGUGAAUAGCAAUAUUUUAGGCGUCUGUUUAAAUAAAUAUAUGUUACUAUUGCACAUUGCUCAC